ACAGACCAAAUGACAGAAAGAUAUCUGCUCCUUAUUCUCUACGCCAUGACCUUGCUCAUCGGCCUCCCCACCAACCUCCUGGCCCUUCGUGCCUUCGUCCGGCGCGUGCGGCAGCCCCACCCUGCCCCGAUCCACAUCCUUCUGCUCAGCCUCACCCUGGCAGAUCUCCUCCUCCUGUUGAUGCUGCCCUUCAAGAUCCUGGAGGUUGCCAGUAACUUCUUGUGGCCCCUGGACAAGGUAGUCUGCGCCCUCACUGGCUUUAGCUUCUACAGCAGCAUUUACUGCAGCACCUGGCUGCUGGCUGGAAUCAGCAUCGAGCGUUACCUGGGGGUGGCCUUCCCUGUCCAGUACAAGCUCUCCCGGCGGCCCGUCUAUGGGCUCGCUGCAGCUCUGGUCUCCUGGAUCCUGUCCUUCGGACACUGCAGCAUCGUGAUCAUAGUGGAGUACUUGGGACCGAGAAACACGACAGAGAAGAACCAGACGACCUUUGAAUGCUACGACGAUUUUAGCCAAGACCAGCUGGAUGUGGUUCUCCCCGUGCGGCUGGAGCUCUGCCUCGUCCUCUUCUGCCUGCCCAUGGCCGUGACUGUCUUCUGUUACUGGCGCUUCGUGUGUCUCAUGCUCAGCCAGCCACAGGUGGGGGUCCAGCGACAGCGAAGAGCCGUGGGACUGGCCAUCGUGACUCUUCUCAACUUCCUUCUCUGCUUUGCACCUUACAACGUCUCCCACGUGGUAGGGUUUUUUGAAGGCAAAAGCCCAAGCUGGCGAAAGUAUGCCGUGCUGUUCAGCUCCUUCAAUGCUGGCCUCGAUCCCCUCCUUUUCUACUUCUCCUCCUCCGCUGUCCGCCGAACCUUUGGAGAUGGACUGAUGGCCCUGAAGAAUCAAGGGGCCUCCCUUCUGGGUCGCUGGGGUAGAGGAACUUUGGAGACAGACACAGGAGACAAUGGUUUGAGCCAAGGGGAUGGUGUGGCAAGUUCUGACUUUACCACGGACUAAGUCUCCCAGGGUAACGCGUUCCUGGUGAGGUAUGGGCCAGGGUUGGGGAGGUUAGGGGAGGUGGGACACAAAAGAAUUCAAUCCUGCCACAGUCUCAGGAAUGGUCCAACCAUGGGCUCAAGCAUAGUGGGUCAGGGACAUGUAGGAACGCUUCUUUUUGAAGAAACCGCUCCGUAUCUUCCUAGACCUUCCUGACUGAAUUUCUUUUUGAAGAGGAACAUGACUUUGAUAAUACAAACAAGAAAUGGAAAGGAGGAGAAUUUGAGAAAAGCGCCACCCCCUGCCCUUACACACACCUUCCCCUACCCCUAGUAUGAACAUACAAGAAAAUUCUGAGCUUCCUCCCAAUGUAGCCAUGACCCUUCUCAGGCUUUGUAGAAGGCACCAGAGGUACAGAGUUACCCAGUAUAGGUUAGAUUUUAAUCUGGGGCCUUUCUGACUCCAAACCCAGUGCUUUCUCCACCAAGCUAAGCUGCCCACUGGUGUGAAAAUGACCCCAAGUUGGCCCAGCUGCACUGCAGAAUGCUCACGCAGGAGCCAAGCAAGCUGGAGGCACUAAGUUCUGAAGAACAGACAGCUGCCACAGAGGCACUGUCGGAGUUCCACAAAGGCCAAGGGGAAGGAGAAAGAGGACGAAUGCAAGAUGGAGCACAGGGAAAGAUGGGGGAAGGAGACGGGGCACCUACGCCAUUAGCAAACUGAGGCUGUUCUCUUUUCCUUUUGUAUAUACUUAGUCCCCCCACAGCAUAUACCCUGUCUCUCCUAUUAAACUGGGAACUUCCUAAAGGCGAGAACUGUGUCUUCUUCCUCUACAGUUCCCAUAACGUCCAGGCCACAGCUUGGCAUGCAGAGAGCAUUCAGCCUGCUCACGGUAAUGGGUGGAGAAAGGUUAGUUGGAAAUAACUCAUAAUAGCCACAGUUUCAGAGGCCCUUUAGGUGUGCAGAGCACUCUCCCCACAAUUGCCCGGUGAGGUAGGAAGCACCAUUGUACAAAGGAGGAAAUUGAGGAAAUUAAUACUUUGUCUAGGGCUACUCCAUAGCCAGACAAUAUGGAGCCAAGAUUGGAAUGCAGGUCUUUUGACUUCAAGUCCAGUGCUCUUUCUGCUAUAUAUACCACAGUGCUUAAAACCUUGGUGGGUAAGAAAGGAACAUGUCUUUUCUUUUCUUUAUUUUUUUCAAGUGCUUUGUUUUUAUUUUUAAUAUAAUUUUUAUUUUUGAAAAAAUA